AUGUCAUCCGGGUUUGUCUCGGCCGGCACGAACGAGCAGCCCGUGGAACGGGACGAUGAGUGGCUCAAGGCACAGCAGGAGUUGGAAGAGGAACGGCGGCGGAAAGCCGAGAUCGGCAACCAGAAUGACGGCAAGAGUCUCUAUGAGGUGCUGGAACAGAAUAAGCUGGCCAAGCAGGAGCAAUUUGAGGAGAAGAUACGACUGAAGAAUCAAUUCCGCUCCCUGGAUGAAGAUGAGAUCGAGUUCCUGGAUUCGGUGCUCGAGUCCACGCGUGCACAGGAAGCCGCCGUCAAAAAGGACACGGCCGACCAGCUCGAGCUCUUCCGUCGUCAGCGAGAAGAAGCCGAGAAGGCAAUGUUGGGACCGACCUCCUCGGAGAUUACGCCGGCAGAGGAAGACGAAUGGACCAUUCCCGGCCGUAAGAGGCGGCGAGACAAGAAGGAUCUCUUGAUCCCGGGGAAGAAGCGGAAGGCAUCCGCAACGGGGAGACCAGAGGAUGAUUCCAAGGGCCAAGAACCCCAAAAACAGAGCCAGGGCGGUCCCCAGGCUACCGGGACAUCGGCACCUACUUCAACCCGGUCUAAAGAGACACAAAAUACGGCUUCAGCUGCAAAGGCUGAAAAGGAGCCCUCAGGGACAGCCAAGGCAGAUACGGCUAGGAAACAGCCCGAAGCUAAACAGCCAGCAAAACCCGCUCCUGUCUCUCUUGGACUAGCAGCAUAUGGAUCCGAUUCGGAAUCAGAAUAA